AUGUAUGCUAUUGAUCUGGCAAAGAAAGGCAUUUUGCUCCUGACUGUAAGGCAUAUCAACCUACGGACUGUGAGCAGAACAAGAAGGGAAAAGCCAAAGUGUAUAUCAGUAUCUGAAGUACCUGCAUACGUUCUUAUAGACUCAGGAGCUACUCAUUCAUUUAUCUCUACUGCAUUUAUUGCUAAAUCAUGUAUUGCGUAUGAAAAAUUGGAGUGUUCUAGAAGUAAUUCUGAUGUUAUUCUGGGAAUGGAUUGGUUGUGGAGAGAUCAUGCAACCAUCCGAUAUUUUGAGAAUGAAGUAGAGAAGAUGUUGAAGAAGAAAUCUUGCCAUGGAUUUUUGGUAAAUAUAUCUGGAGCUCAGCAAUCAAAGGUUCCUCUCCCUGUUGUACCAAUUGUACGAGAUUUUAUUGAUGUGUUCCCUAAUGAUCUACUUGGCACUCCACUAGAUAGACAAGUGGAGUUUACGAUUGAUCUCGUGCCUAGGGCGGGGCUAGUAUCUAAAGCUCCAUAUCGAAUGGUGUCCAAGGAAAUACAGGAAUUGAAAAUACAAAUACAAGAAUUGUUGGAUAGAGGCUUCAUCUGA